GUGCCGAGAACAUGCCGAGAAUCCCCAUUGGGGUUUGUUGUGUGUGCGCAAAAAAAUCGUUUCUUUUUCUUCGCAAUCAAAUUGAAACUGAAAUAAUUACGUAAAAAAGUACUCAAUGGGACUGGUGAAGCGUGAUAAACUUGAAAAUUGCGACAAAUAGUCAAUGUAUCAAUGCUACUGGGGCAUUCGGCAAGAGUUGCUCGUCUGAGUUGGCCAUUGCUCUCAAGAAGUUCGUCGCAAGUUCCAUCUUCUCUCAGAAGCAGGUGCUUUUCAGAUCAGAGGAAGUCCGGGGAAGGCAGUAAGAUGGAAUCCAAAGAAGCUCUACGGGCGCGGUUGACCCCAUUGCAGUAUCAAGUGACCCAAGAAGCAGGAACUGAACGUCCCUUUACAGGAUGCUAUGAUAAACACUACGAGAAGGGUAUGUACGUCUGCAUUGUGUGCAAGCAGGAGCUUUUUAGUUCCAAUACGAAGUACGAUUCAGGAUGUGGCUGGCCGGCUUUCAACGAUGUCCUCGAUAAGGGAAAAAUAACUCUUCAUAAGGAUACGAGCAUAGCAGGCAGCAAUCUAUUAAUCUUAAUUGCACAUCCAGAGAGGAUUAGGACGGAGGUUCGUUGUGCCAAAUGUGCCGCCCAUAUGGGACAUGUUUUUGAGGAUGGUCCACCACCAACAAGGAAGCGCUACUGCAUCAAUUCGGCGUCCAUUGAUUUCAUCCCGGCGCCAAAUGCGGAUAACAGUUAGUUUCUCCACCUUUACGUAAUCUCUUUUCUUCCUUAUUAAUCAAUCCACAUUUCCCAGUUGUUCCUUAAAAAAUUGAUAUAUCUAUAUAAUAAAGAGAUGCACAAUCCCAUGCCUCUUUAUGCAGGAAUUAUGAAUUUGUAUGAGAUAUUAAAAAGAAAUGAGAAAUUGUACAAAACAAAUACUACAAAAAAAUGAGUCGAAUAAAAUAUACAUGAGAAUUGAAAAAA